UUGGUUCGUGUGGCCACUUUCAAUCCACCUUCAACUUUCACCUGUCAUAUCAGACUAACAUUAGAAAACCAACUACUCACACAGAACCAGGCAUAAACUCUAUCAUCAUUUCCUUUCGUUUUUCAGUACAAUGAAUUGUUUUAAUCCUAAAAAACCCACCAUGUCUUCCCUCCAAAUGCUUCCUCUCAGCAAACUUCGUUACCAAAAGCUAAGACAUGAAAAGGGUUCCGAUGAUGACAGGGACAGAGCGAGUGAGAAGCCAAGAUUCAGGUUCAAAAGGGUUCCCAUCAGGAGAAGAUUCAGGCUCAAAAUCUCAAGCUUCAGAAAACUCUGGCGAAAAAGAGCCAGGUUGGUUUCUUCCGUCAGGGUUUCCUAUGCCAAAGUCUUGAAAAGAUUCAAGGAUGGACAAGUCCAUUUCGGUGAUCUUUUUGCUGGCAACUACCUAUUCAUGCAUGUCAAUCCUACAUCACUCAAGUCCCUUCAAACAGAUCUUCACCUUCCAAAAAUUGCAUAGACUUUUAUCAUUAAAUUGGUGUGUAUACCACCAAUUCAUUUCUUCUUCUUUUUCCCUCUUUUUAUGUUAUUAUUCUCAGUUUGGUGACUCCUAAACAAAGGAAAUGUUGGAUUAGAGGAGCAAAUUAUUAAAAUUGAGGCAACAAGCCUUAAUUCAUAUAUGAAUACCAUCAAAUUGUCUUAAUGUUUC